ACACACACACACACACGCGCGCACACGCACGCACCGUGGAAGCAAGCUACUGUUGAAAUUCCAACGCUAAGCAACAUUAGCCAGCUUGCUAACAUGUCAUUUAGCCAUCAAUGUGGUUAAACUGCAUUCAUGGCACCACAAUGGCUUCCAAUUGACAGGUAAUAUGCUUUUGCCAGUGUGUCGCCGUAACUACAACCAGAACAUGCCCACUUAGCCAGAACGCGGCAAUUGGUGGACCAACGAAGCUGGCGAGCUAGCCAGCCAGCCAGUCAGCCAGCCAGUCCGUCCGGAGCUUUGGGCUGGCUUGGGGCUUUUUGAACAGGUUUCCUCGGCCGCCCGGUGGACAGCCGAGCCUGAUGCUGUGAUUAUCAUGAGUCCCGCGGGCUGCCCCCAUGUCAGCUGCUUCAAAGUGGACAACUGGAAGCAAAACCUGAGGGCUAUUUAUCACUGUUUCGUAUGGAGCGGUUCGGCCGAGACCAGGAAACGCAAGGCCAAGUCAUGCAUCUGCCACAUGUGCGGCGCUCACCUCAGCAGACUCCACUCCUGCCUCUACUGCGUUUUCUUCGCCUGCUUUGCCAAAAAACACAUCCAUGAGCAUGCCAAGAGCAAACGACAUAACCUAGCUAUUGACUUGCUCUAUGGGGGGAUUUACUGCUUCGUGUGCCAAGACUACAUUUACGACAAAGACGUGGAACAGAUUGCCAAAGAGGAGCAAAGGAAAGCCUGGAAAAUGCAAGGCGUAGGUGAGAAGUACUUGUCAUGGGAGCCCACCAAGAGGGAGCUGGAGCUUCUCCGCCACAAUCCCAAGAGGAGGAGAAUCACCUCCAACUGUACUAUUGGUCUACGCGGUCUGAUCAACCUGGGCAACACGUGCUUUAUGAACUGCAUUGUCCAGGCGCUAACGCACACGCCGCUGCUGCGGGACUUCUUCCUGUCUGACCGACACAAAUGUGAAAUGCAGAGCAACUCCUGCUUAGUGUGUGAGAUGUCACAGCUCUUCCAGGAGUUCUACUCAGGCCAUCGUUCACCGCACAUCCCGUUCCGUCUGCUCCACCUGGUGUGGACCCAUGCCCGUCACCUGGCUGGCUACGAACAGCAGGACGCACACGAGUUCCUCAUUGCUGCGCUGGACGUGCUGCACAGGCACUGCAAAGAUGACAACGGGAAAAAAGCCAACAACCCAAACCAUUGUAACUGCAUCAUUGACCAAAUCUUCACAGGAGGCCUGCAGUCUGAUGUCACCUGCCAAGUCUGCCACGGUGUGUCAACAACCAUCGACCCCUUCUGGGACAUCAGCCUGGACCUGCCGGGCUCCUCUACUCCUUUCUGGCCGCUAAGUCCCGUCGGCAAAGAUGGCUCAACACUAAAUGGAGAGAGUCACGCCACUGGCGCCACUACACUGACAGACUGCCUGCGAAGGUUCACCAGACCGGAGCACCUCGGCAGCAGCGCAAAGAUCAAGUGCGGCGGUUGCCAUAGUUAUCAGGAGUCCACCAAGCAACUGACCAUGAAAAAGUUGCCCAUCGUGGCCUGCUUUCACCUCAAACGAUUUGAACAUUCUGCCAAGCUACGGAGGAAGAUAACAACUUACGUCUCUUUCCCUUUGGAGUUGGAUAUGACACCAUUUAUGGCCUCCAGUAAAGAGAGCCGGAUGAACGGCCAGUACCAGCAGACUGUGGAGCCCUUCAACAACGACAACAAAUACAGCCUUUUUGCUGUGGUUAACCACCAGGGAACACUGGAGAGUGGCCACUACACCACCUUCAUCAGGCAGCAUAAGGACCAGUGGUUCAAAUGUGACGACGCUAUCAUCACCAAGGCCAGCAUGGAGGCCGUACUGGACAGUGAAGGGUACCUUUUGUUUUACCACAAACAAUUCCUGGAGUAUGAAUAGCGCAGCCCUCAUCACAACGCAUUUGAGCCCUAACGCACUACUGCAAGUCGCAAAACAUUUCCACUGGAAUUCAGGACGCACACCACAACAACAACAACAACAACAACAACAACAACAACAAUAAUCUGCUGCCAAGCCAGUCUGCAUGCUGCUGCUGGAGGUUCCAACCGACUGGUAGCCAUCGUCAUUUUCGACUCCCCCCUGGCUUUUUCUUUCACAGACACACAGAAGCAAAGAGGUAUGCGGGGCAUUUAUUCAUAAAUGCAACAUCAUUCUGAAGCAGGGAUGGGGGGGGAGGACUUAUUGUUUAUGGGAUCUGGGCUGCUAUGCAAAAACUCACGAAAUGUCAGAGGGACUUUAGAUUGUAGAACUUGUAAAAAACUGUGUUAGUAUAGCCCCAAUUGGAGCUAAGAUUUGUUUUCCAUGAGGUCAAUAUUCCAUCGUAUGUUCCUUUCAGAGAUUCCCCAACCACUCACCCACCCCGGUGCUAAAUGCUUAUCAAAAUGACUCCAAGCAGCUUCUUUAUUGUUUCCUUGGGUUUGUCAUUAUGGCUUUUCUCGGCCAGUUUAGAAACAUACUGUAUAUUCAUUCAUGUUCAAGGUAAGUGCUUGUGGUUAAAUGGAAAAAAAACAAUCCGGGAUGUAUUUUCAGAAUAGUACAGGAUGUACAACGGGUCAAAGUUGAUUCUGCAGUGUAUUAUUGUUGGUUGCGUGCGUGCGUGCCUGUGUGUUCGUCACAACAACAACAAAAAACAAGACCGUGUGGGGAAAUGAACUGGUUCUUCAAAAAAUGUGUCGUGUGUGUUGGGUUUGUAUGCACGUGUGGUGCGCGUGCGUAUGUUGUGUGUGUUUGUGUACUGAAUCAGUACUUGUGUUCAGCAUGCCGCCCAAGCUGAAUCUUUUUCUUUUCUACAUGUAUGUAAAGUAUAGAAAUGUAGAGGUUGUACGUAAGAGACAAAUAAUGAAAUGUCUAUAUUGUUUUUGCCACGGCAGUCGAAACGGUGUCUUGCCUUACAAAGUCAUUCCUCGAGUACAAAAACUGACUGACAGGACAGGACAGGAAAGGUCGCAGUGAUGGCAAGCCACUCAAAUAAACAACAAGUAAACAAA